AUGCAAGAUGAUGAUACACGGUGGAUUCCAAUACCUCCAGUAAGACCUCGUGAUUUACCUCAAGACAAAAUCCGUUUGACAGAUUUACUAUCCCCUCGACCAUCAUUAGAUCGAAUGCGAUCCACUUCUUCUCUUACACAUAAUACGAUUCAAUCAAACCGAACAGAACAUGUCGUAGAUAUGGAAGGAAGAGAUAAGUCAACCUCAAUCAGAAGAACUGGUUCCAAGAUAUGGACAAAAGCUAAAGAAGUCACUCGAAAAGCAUCUAUACGCCGUCCAAUAAAGAAGCGGAAUGAGGGCGGCGAGGGCACUGGUAAUAUGAAUGGUAGUGGUAGCGGCACGAGCGAAGAAGAAUGGGAAGUCGUUACUCCACCUUUAGGUUUCUGUGAAUCAUCGACAGGGGGAUCGACAUCUGGAUCAAGACCAAGACCAAGAUCGAGAUCAGGUACUUCUGCUUCUGUUUCUGGUUCUUCUGCCAUUGACGAAGAUGGACUGGGUGACCAAGGUGCAAGAAGGACAGGAACGAUUUCAAGAGUCCAUCCUCGAACUCAGAUUGCUCUUGAUAUCCCGCAGUCACACUCGCGAGAAAGUGGGAGUGAAAAUGAUGAAACCUCACAUCCGUCAAGUCUAGACUGUGGCUCAUCAGGAUCAGGGUCAAGAGAACAAAGAAGUUCAGAAGCUCACAUAUCAAAUUACCAUUUUCCAAUACCACCUACUCAUUCUCGACCACAGCGAAGUUGGUUAGAAGGUGGAUCAAUAACACUACCAGAAGAUAGAGAAUUGGAAAGGACAUUGCCAUCAGAUCAUCCGUUCAACUCACCUCGUUCAAUACAAACUCAUUCUCAUUCGCACUCACACUCCUACUCUCACUCCCAAGCACACUCUCAAACUCCAUCGCAUUCUCCCUCUCAACCGCAACUACAGACUCGAUCCCAAUCCCUAUCCCAAUCACAAUCCCAUCCUCAUUCCCAACAGUCGCAUUCAGACACGCACUAUCAUUUUAAUUCUCCCUCUCAAACCCAAUCACGAAUUCCUCCUGCCUCUAGUCGAUCCGAACACACCUCGUCAAUACCUCCCAUUAAACUACCAGUGUCACAUGGUGAUGAACCGGAAUCUACAAGGUAUAACCACCUAAGAGAGCUAUUCUCUUCACUACAAAUACUAAGGCAAACCUUAUAUUCACAUAAUGCAGUCUCAAUAAAGAUCUUAUCAUCAUCGAGCGACAUACUGCCUGCAUCAAUAGUGAUAGGUAUCGAAAAGAGGUUAGAUCGAUAUUGGGGAAAAUGGACAAAUGUCCUGAAUUCAGCAGGUCAUAAAGUGUCACAAUCUUUAGUAGACAUUCAUCCAUGUCAAUCUUCCUUAAAUAGGGAUAUACGUCCUGGAUCCAGGAAUGAUAUAGGUACAUUGAUCCAACCUCCUUUGACAAAUGAUAUGAUGGAAAGGUUGAUCUGGGCCUUGGAGGAUAAAGGUCAAGUUGCAAGUGGGACUUAUCGGAGAAUGUACGGGAGCAAUGUCAAAGCAAGAAAGUUGACAGAAGUGGAGGAAGAGCAAGCUGAUAAUAUGGGAAUAAGGGAUUGGAUGAUCGGGAAAGAGGAAAGAGAGGAAAGGGAAGAAUGGAGAAAUCGAAUGAGAUAA